AUGGAAAAAGUGUUGUUUGUGCUAAUAGCACUGUUGUGUCAAAACAGUUUCGGCCAACUCUGUGACAGAUGCGGUCCAAACCAAGUCUAUGGAUGUAGACCAUGUUGUCCAGAAGCAACUUGUGACAAUCCCAAACCUCCACCGUGUACCAGAAUAUGUCCGCUAAUAUGUUUUCAAGAAUGUUUGUGUAAAGAAGGAUACGUCCGAAAUACCAUAAACGGGCAAUGUUGCCCACCUGGCGAAAUUUGGAACGAUUGUGCAUCUUGUGAUCCUGAGGCUACUUGUCAAAACAGAAUACCUGAAGCUCCAGGUAUCUGUCCAGCUGUUUGCCAACAGCGUUGUGAAUGUGAUUCUAAAAAUGGGUUAAUUCGUGACCAAAUCUCUGGACAAUGUGUGCCUAUAGAAAAAUGUCCAGGUUGUUUACCGGGAGAAAUAUGGAAUGAAUGUGCAUCGUGUAAUCCUGACCCUACCUGCCAAAACAGUACAGUCCAAAUCCAAAAAUAUGUGCAGAUAUAUGUUACCCACGAUGCGAGUGCGAUGUUGAAGCUGGAUUUAUAA